GCUCGUGCGCAGUUUACAACCGUGAACAGGCUUAUUACGAAGUGUAACCAAAUUAUCAUGUUCAAUCCUAUUUGGAUGUUGAAUUGAUCAGUAUUAAAGUCCUCGGGGGUUUUAAUUUCAUUCAAAGCCUCGUUCGUUUCGUCGAAUGAAAACGAAAAGCCGGUCACUCGCUGUUCAGAUGGCUUCGGUCUGGAUUACACCUUGACAACCUUCAACCAAUGUAAGAAAAAACUCCAUCACAAUGGGAGCAUGGUCCAAACAAUUCCAAAGCUCAUUCCCUACACAACGUUUACUAAAGGGGUUGCUUACCCGAGAAGGGAUAGACCUAGAGCAUCGGGGAGUACGCCUGGACACCUAGUUUGUAGAUUUCCCGAUUGCAAUAGUGAUACUUGCCAAGGCGGCUGGUGUGAAGAAACUAUAACUGCUUUCAAAUGCCAUUGCUCUGACGGAUAUAAAGGAAAACUUUGCGAUCAACAUGAUCAACACGACGCCCCUUACCCAACUUCUAAAAAAAGUAUUACUACUAUCUCCUCAAACGAAACGACCUUGUAUCCUGCAGCUUCACUGCUAAAGCAUGCUACAUGUCCGCUUGAGUCCUGGACAUCUUUUCAAGGAUGCUGCUACAUAUUCGUAGACACUCCACUCAUCUUUGAAGAGGCUUUAUCCUUCUGCAGGAAUUUGACUAAUGAGCCAUCCUGUCCUGUAGAUCUCAUCUCCAUUCAUAGCCCAGAAGAGAAUGAUCUCGCUCAUAAAUUAAGUGUUAAUUCUACUGGCUCUGACCACACUUGGUUUUGGAUAGGCCUGUACCAGCCUGAACCAGACAGUGACUUCGUUUGGUCAGAUGGCACCCAGCUCGACUUCACUUCGUGGAUACCGAGUGAACCAAACAACGCCCGUUCGUCCGAGGAUUGCGUGCUUUCUCAUUUUAGAGCGUCAGUUGGGCCUGCAUGGUAUGACAUGGACUGUGAUGUGUCCUCACCCUUCAUCUGCAAACAUCCUGUCCUCUGCCAGAGUACUUCAACUCAAUUCCCAUAGUCAGUAGUCAUAUAAUAGCACAGCGCUCGAACAGAAUAUGUGAGAGGAAGAAGGGGGCAUGGGCGGAUAUCACAGGGGGACGCGUUCCCCUACCAAAAUAGUAGGGGGGGGGGGCACAAUAUAAAAUGCCCCAUUAUUAUUGAUACAUCAUUCACAAUCGAAAUAAUACAUUUUUGUUUAAAUGACCUUACAUUUUUGGUGAAACCCCCCCCCCUUUUUUUUUUUGCUUGUCAGCCCCUGGUCCCCGUACCUUUGGGGACAUAUUUCCGCCCUGGGGGGGGGGGAGGGGGUGAAUGCCAUGAUGAGUAUAGGUAUUCACCUGCAUUCUAAUACGUGUUGUACAACCUACUUAUUUCGAACUGAGGUAUGAUACCAAAGUUAGAAAUCAUAACUUUGAUAUAACAGUUGUCAAGUAAAGGCCUACACAGGUCAGUAUCCUACACUUGAACAUACUUUUCUUCUUUAUUGUAUGUUUCAUGAAGCUCUUUUAAUGUAAGAAAUACUAAUUAUAUACAUGUAUAUCCUAUUUCUGAUGCAAUAUUAAGAAGAACUUAUCGUGCAUAUUAUGUCUACAUGAGAAUUUAUUGCAACAUGUUUGUAUAAUUCAAAUUUUUUAAAUCUAAACAUCAUACAGCUUCUUGAAAUAGACAAUGUGGAGCAUUUCGUAUUAUUUCCAUUGAUUAAUGAACAUGCUGCAUAAUUAAGUAAAAGGAAAGUGAAAUGAAGUUAAGUUAAGAAAAGAGCAGAAAAAGAAAAGAAAAGUAAAGUAAAAAAAAGUAAAGGAUAGAAAGGUAAAGAAAAGUAAAGUAAAGAAAAGUGAGGUAAAGUGUCGAAUUUCAGGCCUUUAACUGGCGGUAUUUUUAGGGCAAGACCACUUUUCUUUACACAGUAAAAACGGUGUUUAAACAUUUGUAUGACUCUGUUUGCUAUAUGCACUUUACAGAAGUUGUUCAACAGUUUAAAUUAAACUUUGUUUCGGAUUUUAAACACCUGUUUAAACUAUUAAAACUACUGUAAAGUUCAUAUAGUAUAU